UCCCAAAAAAUUGGAAAAGAAAAACUAAUAAAACUGGUCAAAACUUAAUAAAAAAUGAAAUAUACGAAGCAGCCAUAGUUUGUCGAGGUAAAAGGAAAAGGUCCAUCAUCAUUGCCUCUUUAAGCUAGAAUCGCAUUCAGUCACCGGUCGGAGUUGGGAUGCUGCUAUGACGCCGAUGGGCCAGGCCGCCGCCGCCGAAGUGUACGUGCCGAUGACCCUUCAAGCAUGGCGGGGUCUCGUGAACUGGGUGGGCUUCUUCUACCAGAUUAUUCUUCAGAUCCUGAGAGGCGCGCCUUGCCUUCCUCACCUGCUGUCCUGCAUUUCUUCCUCUUCUUCUCCUGCUUUCAGGCCUCUGCCAGUCGCCGAAGUCCCUCUCAACGACUUGUCGUCCUCCGCCCACGUCGAAAACGGCGUCGUGGAUGGUCGCCCAGUCGAAAAGCUCACGGUGGUUCUUGAUUUGGAUGAGACUCUAGUGUGUGCUUAUGAGACAUGAAGUGUGCCUGCAAUUGUUCGCGCUCGAGCAACGGAAGCUGGGAUGAAGUGGUUUGAGAUAGAAUGUCUAUCUUCAGACAUGUAAAUGAAAAUUCUGCAGGUUCCGGCCAAAUCCGUUUCGUCAUACUGCUUCCAAGGCCAACAAAUUUGACCUCGGAAUAUAUUACGACGGCCGUCUUAUGAAAAUAGUUUGGUUCAUCGACAGUGUAAUGUUAGCAUGUAAUCUCUUGAUUUGAUAGUUUUGUUUUAACGAGGCUUU